CGCCCGGGAAGACCCCCCAAGCGCUCGCUGGGAGUUGCCAUCCAGGAGAACGCACGUCUGCUGCCCCAUGCCGUUCCUGGCCUCUUAUCACCAGGACUUAUCUCUCCGACAGGUCUGACAGCUGCUGCYAUGGCAGAGGCUAUGAAGUUACAGAAGAUGAAACUUAUGGCGAUGAGUAGCCUUCAUGGAAGUGGAAGUCAAAAUGGAACAGAAUCAGAAAAUGAGGAACUCAAUUCUAAUGCAGGUGGGAGUGAAUCUUCCUGGGAUAAAGAGAAACUUCAGUCUCCCAUUACCACCGGCUCACAGCACAGCCUUGGCCAUGCCACACUGUCGGGGCAGUCAAGCCUUGGAAGUGCCCAUCCGCUCAGCCCUCUCCAGCAGAAUCACCUGCUCACUAACAGGAUAGACCUGCCCUUCAUGAUGAUGCCGCACCCGCUGCUUCCCGUGAGCCUACCUCCUGCCUCGGUCGCCAUGGCCAUGAACCAGAUGAAUCACCUCAACACCAUAGCCAACAUGGCGGCGGCGGCCCACAUGCACAGCCCCCUGUCCAGGGCGGGCGCCUCUGUUAUAAAGGAAAGGAUUCAAGACAGCCCUUCUCCAGCUCCCUCUCUAGAAGACRGUCAGAGACCCGGGAGCCACGCGUCCUCGCACCAGAGCAGUAGUGUGUCCAGCUCUCCCUCCCAGCUGGACAACACACCAGACAGAAUUGCUCUGCUGACCAACAGCAGAGAAGGAGAACUCAUUGAUCAAGAAACUGGGACCAGCCUAAAAAAAAUACAAAAAGAGAAAGAAGAGGUCCAAAUUGCCAUUCCGAUAAUGAAGCCAACCUUAGAUAAAGUCCAACUGGCUGGACAGGCCUUGCCGCCCGGAUUUCCAGCACCGUUUCUUUUUGCCGAUGGUCUUUCAUCAGUAGAAACGCUAUUAACCAACAUUCAGGGCCUUCUGAAGGUGGCUGUGGACAAUGCCAGAGUCCAGGAAAAGCAGAUACAGCAGGAAAAGAAAGAGUUAAAGAUGGAGCUUUGUAGAGAGAGAGAACUAAGAGAGAGCUUGGAAAGGCAACUUACAGCUGAGCUGCAAAGCAGAGCAACAAUUCAGAAACGCUUGAAGAAAGAAAAAAAGGCGAAGAGAAAAUUGCAGGAAGCUUUGGAAUUUGAGUCAAAGAGAAGAGAACAAGUGGAACAGGCGCUUAAACAGGCCACAUCAGGUGACGGUCUCAGGAUGUUAAAUGAUGCUGGAAUCCCAGAUAUGGAAAUAGAACACAACGGAACCCAACAUGACAGUGCAGCAAUGCAAGAAAACAGAACAUACAUCAAGCCCACUAUAAUGUACUGAAGGAAACACCUAUUGUUGAAAAAUGUAUAAUGAUCACUGUUUGAAGACUAUAUAGUUCAUGAAAAACGUCCCUUCAAACCUUUGAUGCCUUCAGUACUGUGUGAAGAACAGGAUUUGUAGCAUGAAACUUGAAGGACAAUUUCAAGCAAUUUACUGUUGCUGCAUCGAAAACUGCCGUAUUGUCAUUAAGAAAUAUUGAGACUUUUUACCAGCUUACCAUACCAAACCAAGCCCGUUGCCACAGAUCAUUUUUAGGUCCCAGGAGAUAGCAAGGAGUUUUAGUAUUUUUAAGCACAUACAGGAAUUAUUCCCCUUCCCUCCUCCCCCCCAAAGAACUUCUUUUUUUUUCCCAAGGAGGUAGCUAUUACUGUAUAGCAAUGGCACAAUGAUUUUAAGCCACAAAGGUCCUCACUGGCUGUACAUCAUACAAGUCCAGUUUAUCACUGAAACUGUUCAACACGGAGCUGUUUCGAUUGUGUUUAUAAAUUAAGCUUUGUUUACUGAAGCAGAUACUCGAUAUAUAUUACGUUUUAAAAAGAAAUGUGUGUACAUUUUUUAAAAGAAUGAUGUAAAAAUUGUCCUUUCAUUAGAUGACCAAUUCAAAAGUGUGAGCUAAACCCUAAUAGCUGACGUAAUAUGAGGAUUAUAAUUGAUGCUUUUUUAUGCUCAGUUCAGCUUGGCUUUUGGUCUUUUAAGAUGAAAAAAAAAAUGAAUAUGCAGUAGAGUGUUAGAUAA